AGCCAGCCAGCCAGCCAGCCAACCAGCCUGCCCGAGAACGACGAUCCAAUCGCUGCAUAACGGCACGGCACGGGCUGUCUCUCGGAUUGGGGUUCGGUCGAGCGUCCGGGGAAUCGGAACACACAACAGGACAGGCCAUGCCAAGCGGGACAACACCGUAGGCACCCUCCGACAAACCCCACAGACAUGCAUAAUGAGCCCGCCCUGCAGACUGCAAGGGAGAAAACGCUCCCGAACGGUAACGCUGGUACGACCACAGCAACAACAGCAGCAGCAACAGCAGCAGCAGCAACACCAACUACUGGAGCCGUUCACCAUCCCAACGGCAAUGGUGCCGUACCGGAACCCGCGGGAACGAGCCGCACGCCACUCCACGAAGCGGCCUCCGGUGGUGACGAGGCGAAGGUGGAAUCCCUGUUGGCUUCCGGGGCCGAUCGGAAUGCGAAAGAAUCGGUGCACGGAAACACCCCCCUGCACGAAGCAGCCUGGAAGGGGUACAGCCGGUGCGUGAAGCUCCUCUGUGCCCUCCCGAAACCGGCGAAAGGAGCGUCAGGUGCGCCCGCGGGGAGUAAAGGCCUUUCGUUCGACAUACUAAAGGAUGCCGGUUCCAAAAUCAAGCACGCUUUGCACGACACGAAAGGGGCGCUGCAUAGUGCACUGCUCGGGACGCGCAAUUACGGUGGCUUCUCGGCCCUUCACCUCGCUGCCCAGAAUGGUCACAAUCAGAGCUGCCGGGAGAUACUGCUCGCCGGUGGUGAUCCCGAUGUUCAGAACAAUUACGGUGAUACGCCUCUGCAUACCGCGUGCCGGUACGGGCAUGCCGGUGCCAUCCGGAUACUGCUGUCGGCGAAGUGUGAUUACGAACGGAUCAACCUGAACGGUGAUACGGCGCUGCAUAUCGCGUGCGCCAUGGGACGCCGGAAGUUGACGCGCAUUCUGCUCGAAUCGGGGUGCCGGCAGGACACGAAGAAUGCUCAGGACGAAACGGCACGCGAUAUCGCGCUGCGGAAGAAUCUGGUCGAAAUCAUUAACAUCCUCAACACACCGAUCGAACUGUCACCGCGGAGAUCACGGGAAAGGUCGAGUAGCAGCUCACACCAGCAGAACGCGACGUCGCGCAGUAAACCACCGCCGGACACUACCGAUGGGAAGGGAGGCGCUCCCCGUGGCCAUCGAUCGCGCAGCAAAGAGGAUCCUUCGGCAGCGGCUGCGUCCGGUGGCCGGAAAUCGGGACGACGCAGCAACUCAAACGAUGAGCGCCGGCCCCCGGGUGCUCCAAACGAAACGGCGACACCGACUGGCGCUAAUGGGGAGGUGGCCGAUCCGAAGCACUGGUCCCCGUACGGUUGUCACUACUUUCCCGAUCCGCGCAACUUCCCCUCGCCCAAGCUGGAGACGCUACCGAAGGAACCGCUCGGUAACGGGGAGCAGUACUUUCUCGAUCUGGCCGGCAACAUCCGGAAGGGACCGGUCGGUGUCGGGAACACCUGCUACUGUGCCCCGUUCUUUAAGCAUCUCGAGGCGCGCAUGAACCAAAACCGGCGCAGCAUCCGCAAGUACGUGCACCGGGCGACGGAGAAGCUGGACAGCCGGAUGACGGCCCUGGCCAUGAGGACCGAUGAUCAGAUCGAAGAGCUCACCAAAUCGAUGAUCGCUAACCGGGUACAGUGUGAGAACAAGCGGUUACACCUGGAGCAAUGGUUGAAGCGUGGCAUCGCGGAACGAUCCACGACGACAUCGGGUACCGGUGGUACCGGUGGUCACCUGCAGCCACCACCACCACCCUCAGCCCUUACACCACCGCACAACAGCAAAACCAAAAAGGACGAAGCAAACACCAACACGCUAACGCGAUGCCGCAGUCUCGAGCUGCUCGAUGAUCACGAUCGUGCCACGAUCCUGAUCGAUGGUGGGUUGGCGGCAGAUCCAUCGCAUAAGCUCACCUCUACGCCGGCGAAUCAUCAUCUGCAGCAGCAGCAGCAGCAGCAGCAACUGCACCACCAGCAUCAUCAUCUGUUUUCGCGUAGCAUCGACUUUCUCGAUGCGACCACGAUCGGUGACUCACCGGAUCGGCAUCGCUUCCAACGGGCACACGGUGGCCUCGAGCUGGAUAGCCACGCACUGCGGAGUAUGCUACACUAUUCGGCCGGCAGCGGUGGCCAUCAGUCGGAUGCGUUCGAAAGUUCCAACAACUCCAACAUGAAGAACCAUUCGGAAUCGGCACCGGAAACGCCACCGCUACCGGAUGCACUGCUGGCCCAUCAUCAUCAUCAGCACCAGCACCAGCAACGACACCAGCGUGCCCGUUCGUCGUCGGUCUCGGGCCGGGAGAGCUACUCGUACUCGUCGGACAAGGAUAACGAUCGUGAGAAGCAGCAGCAGCAGCACCAGCACGUGCAUACCAGCAAUGGGCUGACGCAUAAGCAGCGAUCAUCGGCCAACACGACACCGACAACCUCAUCCGGUGGUGGUGGUGGUGGUGGUCCCCAAGGUGCCCUCAAGAGUGAGAAGGCCAAGGUAACCGAACGGCUCGAGGAGCUGCUGAGCAAAACGAAGAAAAUCCUCGAACUGGAAAAGCUGACCAAAGGUGAUCGAAUCGGGCCGGCUCACGGCACGGGAUCACUGAUCGCGGCGACGGCCCCAUCGAGUGGCCCUGGGCUUCUCUCCGACAACCGGUACAUUCUGGCGCUGGAUAAACUGCGCGAUAUACACCAUCAUCAUCAGUACGAUCCAGCAAUCGGUACCGUAACCGGAUCGGGGGGACGCGCAGGGGGUGGCCGAUCCGGACGCUUGGGCCUUCCGUCGGUGUCGUCGGCAUCACCGGGCAGUACCGGACUCGGCUAUGAUAUCGCGCAGGAGAUGGAGAAGAUCACAAAGUCACUGUUACCGGCAGUUGCCACCGGCACGACGGUGACGACGACGUCGUCGACCGCCCCGGUAUCACCGGAGAUCGCCAAAGAUAUCACCACACGCAAGGAGCGCCCGCUGAGCGUUUACACCUCGUACCGAACGAGCCGGACAACGACGACGACGGCUGACUCCGGAUCGCCUCUCUCGACCAUGUCCCCAAGUUCCUCGCUGCUCGGUGGUCAGCAGCAGCAGCCGGCGAUCGAUGAAGCACACCAGCACAUUGCGACAACGAACUUUAUGCUCGAUCCGGUCCGGGCGGAUGAUGAAUCCGAACAGGAGCAAGCGAUGGGCAGUAGUGGUGGUGGUGGUGGCGGUGUCGUGGUUAAUGGAUUCUACUCCAACAGCUGCUUCGAUGAGACGUUACCGAGCUCAUCGAACACGACCAUCAAAUCGGCUCCUCGAGGACGAUCUGGUUACCGGGAGCAGGGACAGGAACAGGAAGAUAGCGAGAGUGAACCGGCCGAUGAGGACAGAUCGGACGAGGAUGAGGAUGACGACGACGGUGAUGAUGAUGAUAAUGAGGAGGAGGAGGAAGAAGACCAAGGGGAAACGGUGGCCACGGGAAAGGACACAGAGGGAAGCGAUUCCGACGAUCCGGGCGAUUUGUCGGCGAUGGCGAACCUGGCGGAACUGAAGGAGCUAAAGAGCCGCAUCCUAAACGGGACCAACUGGCGUAGUCAGGUGUUGCAGAAGAGUGUCCAGGAGUUGCUGGCAGGUGGUGCGCGGGAAGAGGACACGGAUGGUGGUGGUCCUCCUGCCGGCGAAGAAGAAGAAGAAGAAGACGAUCCGGCAGCCGAGACGAACCGUGUGCGGUACAUCAUCUCGAAGCUACAGCAAAGCUGUUCGAUGACCGGUGACCAGAGCGUACGGUCAGUGACGACUGCCGUGCACACGCAGCACCAUGGACCACCGUUGGCCCAGUGUGAGGACUUCUCCGAUAGCAGCGAGGAAGACGAGGAAGAGGACGAACAUGACGACGAGUGCGUCGAUGGUCCGCUGCCAAUGAAGCAACAUGCGAUCUCCGGUGCACCGCAGCCUUCUCCGAUGCCCGGGAAGGUAGAGAUCGAGAUCGGUACGGCCAAGAGUUUAAUCCAGAUGUACGAACAAUCGAACGGGUCCGUCAAGGGACCGACGAUCGGCGCCAAUCAUUAUCCCGUUCCCCAAGGGAAUGUUGUCCCGAAGGAUGCGUACUUUCAUGAUCUCCCUCGGAAGCCGGUCCCUUAUCCGAUGCAGCCACAGGAAGUUACGUCGAUAAUGGUCGGUGAGCAGAUGAAUGGUGCACCUCCGAUGCUGGCUUCGCGCAGUCGCAAUCCGUUGCCAUCGUAUCUGCUGCAGGAAGGGGAACUGUUCCAGCAGCAGCAGCAGCAGCAGCAGCAGCAACAGCAAGAGCAUCAUCAUCAUGGGUUGCUGAAUGGUGGUGGUCCUCGGACGCAGCAUCAUCAUCCUCCUGCUCCUCAUCCUCAUCCACAUCAGCAUCAGCAGCUGGUGCAGGGAAGCCAAGGACAGCCACCGUACCAUCACCACCAAAGCCGACCCCUACCGAUGAUGAGGACGCAGCUAGAUGACGUGGUAGAUGGUCACUCGACGGGGUUACAGCUGCAGGAGCGGCUCCUGUCGACGCGUAAAUACAUCAAUCCCGUCACACUGUCCUCGCUGUCCAGCACUGGCACUCCUUCGCCAGAAUUCCCGCUCUACCAUCAGCAACAACAGCAGCAACAGCAACAGGCACAACCACAGCAACUCGCCACCGUUGGUACGGCCAGCAGUAACCACGUGAUCGGUGGUCACUCGCACGCCAUGAUGACAAUGAUGGCGGCCGCCGCAGCGGCUGCAGCUUCCGCUGGUCGCAAAUCGGCCGACAAUCUGUCGAACGAUGAUUCGGGAUACGUAAGCGGAAAGGUGAGCGAGAUCCACAUCCCGAGCGGUGGAGCUAGCCCUCUGCUUUCACUGCCAACACCCGCCAUCGGGAAUAACGUGAUGAUUAUUCCGCCGCCUGCUGUACCCUCUUCCUCUUCGCCGAGACACUUUGCUAGUAGUAGCAGCGGCAGUAACUAUGGCGCCGGAGGCCAUCAUCACCACCAUCAUCAGCAGCAGCUAGUGCCAGGGAGUAACGGCGGUGCGCCCCUAAUGCAUCAUCGUAAUGGUGGUAGCGUGGUAACAUCGAUCGUACCGCCACCGGUCGGUCUCGGUGGUAUUGCGCCGAUGACGUCAGCCGCAGCACAUGCAGCGGUAGAGCAGAAGCAGCAAUCGCUUUACAAGCUUGGUGCCUCGAGUUUGGUUUAGGGCCGGGAAGAAGGCCCCGUGGAUGUACCGUGUGUAAUAGUGUACAGAGAUGGUAGACCUGUUUUUGUUAGUAUUUUUAGUGUAACAGACGGCCGAGACGCUAUCGCAUUGAAGAAGUACGAAUUAGAGGUAUUUAGUAGUUAAACCGGAACGUUUAAAUUAUUCUUGUUUUAAUGUAAAACCACGGAAGCCAGAAAACGAUAGGAUCGCCACAGUCGCUGUACAGUAAGUUUUACGAACGGCAUCCCUUCAUUCGAAUUUGUAUAUAAGGAAACAUUACAGCAAUAAAGUUUUUUAUCUAAAAAAUGAAGAUGAAAUGCAAAAUGGGUUC